AUGGAGACAUAUUACGGGCACGUUCGCACACCUGCGGACGCUAUCAUUCUUUUUGAGGCUUGUCGAAUCGGUCUUCUACCUCGUGUGCAACGGCGACUUUCAGAAAAAGAACGACAAUCAAUCAGAUCCGGAUCAGUCUUUGUAUGGGAUGAGCGAGAAGCGGGUAUGCGACGAUGGACCGAUGGAAAAUCAUGGAGUGCCAGCCGUGUUUCAGGGAGUUUCUUGACCUACCGUGAAAUGGAGGGCAAGCGCGGAGGGGGCAGUGUUUCUCAGGGUUCUGCAUCGCGUGGGGGCAAGACACCAGAGAGUCAUGGCAGUGAUGAUGACCGCGGCAACGGAACGGACGAGGGCCCAGAUGGAUAUCGUUACAAACCAGAUGGCCUGAUGAAGCAGUCUUUCAGCAUCACAACGUCCAACGGCCAACACUUGCACUUGAUUAGCUAUUACUCCCGAUCUCACCCCUCUGCCGCCAACUUGCAACAACCCACGUCGGAUCCUGCACUGCGCCACGUUCGGCCGCAGAAAGGUCUAUAUCCGGAGUCGACCGUCAAUGACCAACAAAAUCUCCCUGUCGUUACUCGUGGACCCAUGGCAGGCGCAGCAUACCCCAUCACCCCUCACCCCAUCGGCGCCUACCCACGCUCGACUCAUGCGCAACCAUACCCAGCUGGUUAUGCAUGGCCACCCACCCCUCUAGCUACACCACCAACUGCUUCAAUGCAAUAUGGCCCCGGUCCCGGCUCUGGCUAUCUCCCCCAGUACCGGCGAAUGGGCACUCUCAUUAUGGCCAACCACACCCCCACCAGCCGCAUCAUCAACAUCCAGGUGGACUACCUCCGCCUCCUCACUCACUACAUGAACCGGUCCCCUCGAUCAUUACACGACCCCACACAUGAGCAAAGAAGCCCGUCGAUUUACGGGCAUGCUUUGGUUGACCCCCGCACGGCAUCACCGCGGGUCUCAGUACAGUCUUUGGCACCAAACGGUCACACACACAGCCCUCGUGUCGGAAAGCAGGAGCAUCCCGCCGCGCUGCACUCACUCAACCCCAUCGCUAGGUCACCGAAAGCCGGGGACCCGGCGAGCACCGGGCAUGCAGUCCCCGGCAUCAGCUCACUGGUGAACGGUGCAGCAUUAGCUCCUCUUUCUUCGUCGACCGGUACCACCGGAGGUCCCAAUGCAAGCCCGAACGGAGCGCCCGCACCGGCAUCCUCUGCCGAAGGACCUCGGGAUAUCCCAAAUGAGAAGAUAGGGUUCGGAGGCGAGGAUGUGCGGGCGCUACGCCAGCUAGAUCGCGCUUUCAUUGCGUAA